CAUGGCAGCGUGCUGGAGAAGAAUCCUGAUAGUAUUUGUGGCAGCUCAAGUACUACUGGUGGUAAAUACCUUUGAGGAAGAGGAAGUACCUGAAGAAUGGAUUCUUCUUCAUGUUGUCCAAGGUCAGAUUGGAGCAGGAAACUACAGCUAUUUGAGACUAAAUCACGAGGGCAAGAUAGUACUUCAGAUGCAGAGUUUAAAAGGUGAUGCAGACUUGUAUGUAUCCGAUAUGACUCUUCACCCCAGCUUUGACGAAUACGAGUUACAAUCUGUAACUUGCGGCCAAGAUGUUGUCCACGUCCCCGCGCACUUCCGCCGCCCAGUGGGGAUAGGGAUUUAUGGUCACCCCUCUCACCUGGAGAGCGAGUUUGAAAUGAAAGUAUACAACGAUCGAACAGUUGUACAGUAUCCAUUUGGCGAGGCUUCUUACAACCCCAAGGAGAUGGAGGCAAACCAGAAAUACUCACAGUCUGCAGAAGAUGAAUCUCAGGAUGAGGAAUCUGUUUUCUGGACUAUACUUUUUGGAAUCUUGAAAUUAAUACUUGAAAUUCUUUUUUAAAUUGAUAAACACUGGACUAAAUCACACUUCAGCCUGUGACACUGAACACGAAGGACUUGCUGUAAUAUUUUAAUACUCUUUGUUAUGUUUCCUGAAGAGGCAUUCAGGUUACUUUUCCUAAACUAGAAAGGAAGUGGGGGAAAAAGCCAUAUUUAAUUUUAUGUUGUAACACCUCCCCAUCUGUAAAAUAAGCAGCAAGCACAGUAUUUGCAGUGUUCUUCUGAGAUCAGGGCUUAA